CCACACUAAUUAAAUGCCAUCUGGGUGGUUCCUCUGGGUUUUUGAGCCCAUCACCCAGUUCAGACCGAGUCAGAGGCCAAGGAGGAGAACAUGAUGAUGGACCUUUUUGAAACUGGCUCCUAUUUCUUCUACUUGGACGGGGAAAAUGUUACCUUGCAGCCAUUAGAAGUGGCAGAGGGCUCUCCUUUGUACCCAGGGAGUGAUGGUACUUUGUCCCCCUGCCAGGACCAAAUGCCCCCGGAAGCUGGGAGCGACAGCAGCGGAGAGGAACAUGUCCUGGCGCCCCCAGGCCUGCAGCCUCCCCACUGCCCCGGCCAAUGUCUGAUCUGGGCUUGCAAGACGUGCAAAAGAAAAUCUGCCCCCACUGACCGGCGGAAAGCUGCCACCCUGCGCGAAAGGAGGCGGCUAAAGAAAAUCAACGAGGCCUUCGAGGCACUGAAGCGGCGGACUGUGGCCAACCCCAACCAGAGGCUGCCCAAGGUGGAGAUUCUUCGGAGCGCCAUCAGCUACAUAGAGCGGCUGCAGGAUCUGCUCCAUCAGCUGGAUCAACAGGAGAAAAUGCAGGAGCUAGGGGUGGACCCCUUCAGCUACAGACCCAAGCAAGAGAAUCUGGAGGGUGCGGAUUUCCUGCGCACCUGCAGCUCCCAGUGGCCAAGUGUUUCGGAUCAUUCCAGGGGGCUCGUGAUAACUGCCAAGGAAGGAGGGGCAAGCAUGGACUCGUCAGCCUCGAGUAGCCUUCGAUGCCUUUCUUCCAUCGUGGACAGCAUUUCCUCAGAGGAACGCAAACUCCCCUGCGUGGAAGAGGUGGUGGAGAAGUAAAUGGGAGCCGGAGUUUGGGAUGCUCUCCACGCAGCGGCAAGAUCCCACCCUCCCUCCUUCGCCUGAUCCUUUAGACGGGGUCACAUUACAUUAAUAUUUAGGAACUCAGACCCACGAGUUUAUGAAAGGGAAGGAGACAUGUUCACAGAGAAACUUCUCAGAAACUGUCGUGCACGCUCACAUGAAAAAGCCUCCGGCUUUGGGCUUUUACUUUUGGAACCGCGAGUGGCUUAGGUCUAGCAGCCUUACUUUGCUUUUGUUUGGUUAGUUGUGCAACAUAUUACUUUUAUUACGGCGAUCCUUUUGUGCCAUGUUCAAAAGAAGUUCAUUCCUGUCCGAAGCAAAGUGGGAACGUUGCAUCUAAAUGUUAGUGGUACUGAAUGUAUUUUUGUAAAUAAUCUUAGUACUUUCAUUUUUUAUGUAAACCCAAGAAGUAAUAUUUUAAAUGUGGAGUGACGGAUUGCAUAUAAAAAUGUGCGAGGAUCCUGAUAUCGUAAUAUUAAAAAAAUGAGUUUCUUUCUGAACAAAGUUGGUCCUAAUUUGAUUGAACUGAACAUAGUUUGGGACUAUGUGCACAUAAAUAAAGAGAAGCCCUAUUUUAAUUUAGACGCCA